GUUAAAUCCAAGCCCAGCAUCCAUCCAUCCUUCGAGGUUAUCCCCGGAGUACGGAAUAAUUAUCGUCGCCAACCAGACAUGGGAUAGCGCAUUAUCGCUAUUCCUUGAAACCCAUAGAGUUAAUGCAGGUGUUGGCAAGAAUAGCGACGCCUCGCAAUGGAAGGCUCCUAGCAGCUGUAGCUGUUCAAUCUUCUGGGGUAUCAAGUCUCUUUGCGCAACCCGUGUCCAAGUGCAUACGAUGGUCCUCGUCAAACUCAAGAUGGUUACAGCGACAGGGGAAGGACUUUUACGUACGCCAGGCCAAAGUUCAGGAGUAUAAGAGCCGUGCCGCGUUCAAACUACUUAGUAUGGACUCAAAGUAUAAAUUGUUCAAAAGAGGACAGACAGUAAUCGACCUAGGAUAUGCACCAGGUAGCUGGUCUCAGGUCGCCGUGGAGCGCACAAAGCCAAAGGGGCGUGUGAUUGGAAUCGAUAUCAUCCCGGCGCAGCCGCCUAAAGGCGUGUCAACCAUACAAGGCAAUUUCCUCUCUCCAAGUAUUCAACAGCUUGUAAAGGACUACCUCGUCGAGUAUGCACACCAGGCGAGACCAUCCAAACCCGACGAGGAAGAUGUAGAUGACGAUGGUGUUUUUAUGGAUAGGCCGAGCUAUAUCGAUGUCGAACGUGCCGAAUCAUUUGGAUCAGAUCACGAACUAUCCUCCGAGGAUGGCAAGAGACUUGUUGAUGUAGUUCUAAGCGACAUGUCAGAACCUUGGGCACAAACCACCGGAUUUUCGAACAAAACGUUAACCCACGCGUACAGGAUGAUGAACACGAGUGGUAAUCGCUUCCGAGACCAAGCAGGUAGCAUGGACCUCUGCCACGCAGCUCUACAAUUCGCAAGCGAUACGCUCAAAGCUGGCGGUCAUUUCGUCUGUAAAUUUUACCAGGGUUCUGAAGACAAGGAGCUGGAGAAGAAGCUCAGGAAAAUGUUCGACAAGGUCUAUCGCGAGAAGCCGGACUCGUCAAGAAAUGACUCGCCUGAGUUGUAUUUUGUUGCUCUGCGCAGGAAAGGUGACGUCACGCUCUCUGAUAUCGAAGGUCCUUAGACGGCCGAAACUAGGAUUGCUGUGUAUAAUACAUGUAUUAUAUGUGUAUGAAUUUUAAGUUACUCACAUAUAGGCAAUAUUCUAAGGACUUUCGCGUGAA